AUGUCGCAGAGUGACAAUUCGCCGCCUUUGCAAAAUGCCCCGUCGCAGCAAGUGUACAAUCUGAAGUUCUUGCCCUACCAGCCGUCGAACCAACGUCCGGCAAAGCAGCAAAAGACUAAGCGCCGCGAAAAAGACGGAAAUGACGAGAAUCCGCCGAACAAAGUGCGUCCGCGCUCAUCGAUGGAUCCACCCGCCGUGCCGAGUCCACAGUCGCGGAUGAAGAACUACUUUGGGAAGACGCGCACUUCCGUCUCAACUUCCCAGGCGAAUCUCGACCUCCUCGGCAGCCGACGACUAAACAGUUCGACCAGCUCGCUCGAUGAUGCGCUGCACUUGAGCGGGGCGAUCCCACGAACGAAUUUUACCACCCAAUUCGCCUGCAACCAAAUUCAAGAGUCAGUUUCGGACUCUGAGAUCUCGCUGACUUUGAUCGACACGGAAGCGGCGCAUCGCAAUCCAGCUGAUGAGCUCAGCGCGCGCUUCGAGCACUGCUUCUCGAGCAACCAGGGAAUGAGCAACAACGAGACCAUUUCGAUGUCGGACGUGCUCGAGCUCGACAUGUUCAACAACACGGACAGCGUCUACGUUCAAACCAGCCAGGGACAAGACAUCAACUUCUCCGCGCUCGACAUCAAAAGCUCCCCUCCAGGCUCGCGGCAAAGCUGGGGCACAGUCCAGCCAAGCAGCCGUCCAGACUCGGCGCAAGGAAGCUCGCCCGUCGUCGUCAACACGCACAUUCAGCCGAAGUCGAACCAGAAGUUUACCAUUCACAAUCCCGACAGUGGUCAAAGAACACAAACUAAGUUGGUUGAAGAAGCGUACGACGACACGGGAACGCUGGCUGAGAUCAUCGAAAACGGACAGAUCCAGCCGCUGGAAUUCAUUCUCGUCCAGAACACCUCGCCGCUACAAAAAGUCAACGAGGAAAGUCUCACCUAUCUCAACCAGGGGCAGGCUUACGGCGUCCGUCUCAAACGAAGACCCGAAGCUUGCAAGCAAAUGGGCUUGCAAAUGGACACUCCUUUUCGAAUUUGCUUGAGGGUGAUUUUCCACGACCGUCGCUUGCAGAAUACGGAAGCGGAGCAGAUCGAGUCCUGGAGCCAGGCGAAUCCUGGAAAACGCUUCAUCGAGAUCGACAAGGAGCUCAGCACAGAGAUCAGCUGCGUCAGCAACAAAAAGGAGGAGCUCAACUGCUCCGAGCUGGUCUGGGCGAGUUCCAAAGACGCCGUCGUUUUCAUCAAAAUCAACUGCAUUUCGACCGAGUUCACUCAGAAGAAACACGGCGGCGAAAAGGGAGCGCCUUUCCGGCUGCAACUGGACGCGUUCAAGGAGGACCCCUCGGUGAUGCAGUUUAACUCGUCGCAGUGUAUCCAGGCGAGCAGUUGCCAAAUCCGCGUCUUCAAGCCCCGCGGAGCGGACCGAAAGCAGAAAAGCGACCACCAGCGCGUGUCGAAGGAAAUGGCGGACGAGAGCUGCAAAGGCAAAUACAUUCCCUGCUACGAGCGGACGCGGCUGCAGCCGACCCAGCCCUGGGAGCCGCGGCUUCCACUGACGCCCUCGUUGAAGAGCUCGCCCAGCCAGAAUUUGGGCUUUCGAGAAACUCAAUCUGACGACACAAUGAUUUUGGAUCAGAAUCAAUCCGUCGAUCAGAGUGUUUUCGCUGGCGUCGGCAAUAUCACUCACUCCUCCUCCGUCGGCUUCGUCCAGGCCUGGCUCAAACGGCGCAACUUUCACGCUUUCACGCAGAAAUUCGCCAACUUCAGCGGCAGCGACUUGCUCAGCCUCUCCCGCGAAGACAUGCUUCAAAUCGGCCUCGCGCCGCCGCAAAUCCACGUCGCCGAGGUUAUCCGAUUGCACAACGCAAUUAUGAAUCCCGCGAACGGGCCGGAAAAGUCGGUAACCUGUUUCUACAUUCGAACAGUGGACGAAGACCUCCACUAUCCGGUUUUCCUGAAAGCUCCGACUGUGCAAAAUCUGACCGAGUGCCUGGCGAUGGUCACUCAAGUCGACCCGGCGCAGAUCAACCGCGUCAUCAACCGUCGCAAAUCCGCCUCGCAAUCCAACAACGAUAUCAAAGUGAUCGUGACCGACGAAAUGGUGGCCACUUUCCAGAACGAAACGAGUUUCACCGUGCUUUUGGUCGGAAGCCCCGAAGAAGGCCUUACUGCCGUAAUUCACAGAUAA